UAAUGUUUACUAACUUAAUAUUACCAAUUGAGUAAGAACUCGAUUGCUCGUUUAAAGGAUAUGACGUGAACGCGUCAGGCUCGGGAUCUGAUGAACUGUUGUGAUGGGGUAACAGUAACGUUAGCACACGCGUUAGCUAGUUUAGCUAGUUGUGUCCAAGGUUUUACCCGUAACUUCAGCAACAGUUAGGAUGUAACGUUUUCCAGCUUUAUACUAUUAUCUUAAAAUACGCUGUAAAAGUAAAAGCUUUGUCUAGCUGCGAGCAUUAGGCUGAUGUGAGAGGACAACGAAGCAAGCGUUGGGAAACCAUUUUAUGAUUGUCAGUGCAUCUGACAGUUGAGCAUAACGUUACACUCAUCUCACUAGCUUAAUUUAACUUUGUCGUGAAUGGGUUAACUGUACAAGGGGCUCGUACUGGCAGAAACGGUGACCCGUGCUUAGCAAACAACAUGGAUACUGCCGAAGAAGCUGAUAUUUGUCGUGUGUGCCGCUCUGAGGGGACCCCAGAGAAACCUCUGUACCACCCCUGUGUCUGCACUGGCAGUAUUAAGUUUAUCCAUCAGGAAUGUUUGGUCCAGUGGCUGAAACACAGCAGGAAAGAGUACUGUGAAUUAUGCAAGCACAGAUUUGCUUUCACACCCAUCUACUCCCCAGACAUGCCGUCACGUCUACCCAUACAGGACAUUUGUGCCGGACUGCUGACUAGUGUGGGCACGGCCAUUCGCUACUGGUUCCAUUACACAUUGGUGGCCUUUGCAUGGCUCGGAGUGGUACCUCUCACUGCAUGUCGCAUCUACAAGUGUCUGUUUACUGGCUCUGUGAGCUCCCUUUUGACACUGCCAUUGGACAUGCUGUCUACAGAGAAUCUGCUUGCAGAUUGUCUACAGGGAUGCUUUGUGGUCACCUGCACCCUGUGUGCAUUUAUCAGUUUGGUGUGGCUCAGAGAACAGAUAGUCCACGGUGGUGCUCCCCAGUGGUUAGAGCAACACCAGCCGCCACCACCCAAUGUGGCUGGACAAGCUAAUGAGGCACAAGCUGCAGGUCAGGGAGCAGCUGAUGAUCCCCCUGCUGCCCAGCCAGUCCCUGCUGAUCCUCCAGCCCAGAACGAAGCAGACCCUGAGCCCCCUGAUGCCCCCGCAGACCAGGGUGAUGAUCCAGACCUGGAAGAAGAGGGAGCGGCCGCUGAAGAUGCAGACCCUAACAAUGGCGCACAAGAUGACAUGAACUGGAAUGCUUUGGAGUGGGACAGAGCGGCAGAGGAGCUCACCUGGGAAAGGAUGCUUGGUCUGGAUGGUUCACUGGUAUUUUUGGAGCAUGUUUUCUGGGUGGUGUCACUCAACACACUCUUCAUCCUGGUCUUUGCAUUUUGUCCCUACCACAUUGGACACUUCUCCGUUGUCGGUCUUGGUUUUGAGGAAUAUGUCCAAGCCUCCCACUUUGAGGGUUUAAUCACUACCAUUGUGGGAUACGUACUUCUGGCCAUGACUCUCAUUCUCUGCCAUGGCCUGGCUGCUCUGGUCAGGUUCCAGCGCUCCCGACGUCUCCUUGGAGUCUGCUACAUUGUUGUUAAGGUCUCUCUGCUGGUUGUUGUGGAGAUCGGUGUGUUUCCACUUAUCUGUGGCUGGUGGCUUGACAUCUGUCGAUUAGAGAUGUUUGAUGCCUCUCUGAAAGACAGAGAGUUAAGUUUUAAAUCAGCUCCUGGUACCACCAUGUUCCUACACUGGCUUGUCGGGAUGGUCUAUGUCUUCUACUUUGCCUCUUUCAUCCUUUUACUCAGAGAGGUUCUGAGGCCUGGAGUGCUGUGGUUUCUGAGAAACCUCAAUGACCCAGAUUUUAACCCGGUGCAGGAGAUGAUUCACUUGCCCAUCUACAGGCACCUGCGGCGGUUCAUUCUGUCCGUCGUGGUGUUUGGCUCUAUCGUGUUGCUCAUGCUGUGGCUGCCCAUCAGGCUGAUUAAACUACUGCUACCCACAUUUCUUCCAUACAAUGUCAUGCUCUACAGUGAUGCCCCAGUCAGUGAGCUGUCUUUGGAGCUAUUAUUACUUCAGGUUGUGCUCCCUGCUCUGCUGGAGCAAGGACACACUCGCCAGUGGCUCAAAGGCCUGGUCAGGGCCUGGACAGUCAGUGCUGGAUAUUUACUAGACCUCCACUCAUACCUCCUCGGGGAGCAAGAGGACAACAAUGCCAACCAGCCUGUGAACAACAACAAUAAUAACAAUCCUCCACUUGGCCACCAUAAUAAUAAUAACAACCCUGCCCCAGCAGUCGGUGAGGGGCUGCAUGCAGCCCAUCAGGCCAUCCUGCAACAAGGGGGGCCAGUGGGUUUUCAACCCUACCACCGACCCCUUCGCUUCCCAUUUAGGAUUGUGUUGCUGAUAGCUUUCAUGUGCAUCACCCUGCUGGUGGCCAGUCUGGUGUGUCUAACCCUACCAGUGUUCACUGGGCGUUGGCUCAUGUCCUUCUGGACAGGAAACUCUAAGAUCCACGAGCUGUACACAGCAGCAUGUGGCCUGUAUGUCUGCUGGCUGUCUAUCCGUGGAGCCACUGUGCUGCUUGCCUGGAUGCCCCAGGGACGCACAGUCAUCAUUCACAAAGUCCAGGAGUGGACUCUCAUGAUCCUGAAGACCCUGGUUGUAGCUUUGCUGAUUGCAGGAGUCAUCCCGUUGUUACUGGGCCUGCUGUUUGAACUGGUCAUUGUGGCUCCACUCAGGGUGCCCCUGGACCAAACACCCCUUUUCUACCCCUGGCAGGACUGGGCUCUUGGAGUGCUUCAUGCCAAAAUCAUUGCUGCCAUCACUCUUAUGGGGCCUCAGUGGUGGCUCAAGACUGUUAUUGAGCAGGUUUAUGCAAAUGGAAUUCGCAACAUUGAUCUCCAGUUCAUCAUUCGUAAACUGGCAGCUCCAGUCAUCACAGUGCUGCUACUGUCCUUGUGUGUCCCCUAUGUGAUCGCUGCUGGUGUGGUGCCUGCUGUAGGAGUGACCCCAGAGAUGGAGAUUCUAAUGCAAAGGAGAAUCUACCCGUUCCUCUUGAUGGUGGUCUCGCUUAUUGGCAUUCUGUCAUUCCAGAUCCGACAGUUUAAACGCCUUUAUGAACACAUCAAGAAUGACAAGUACUUGGUUGGCCAGAGGCUUGUCAACUAUGAACGGAAAGCUGGAAGAGCGAGCUCAGUCCCCCUGUCCAACCCUGUUGUUGUAGAAUAGAUUUUCAUGUUACAGGCUGCUACAUUUUUCCACCUCCUGUGAACAUUCUGUCCUCCACCCCUUACCCCACCUCUUUUUCAUUUUCACCUCAGAUUUUGGACUGUAAUCCUUUUGAAUCUCCUGUGGAUCUAUGUGGAUUUGAUGGGUGUUGUUUCAUUUCUUGAAUACCCUUUUAAUGGUAUCAGAAAAUGUAUUAUAAUCAGUUGAGUAAUCCCCUGAGAGAAAGCAGGAGGACAAAGACAUUUGAAAUGAAGACAUUUAAAGCUCAACAUCUGUAUUGUCGUUCAUGCCUUGCUUUGUAAAGUGCUGUCUGAUAUUUGUACAUGUGUAAAUACUUUGAGCGCAGACGUAGUCUUAUAAACAAAGAUGGAUAUGGAUUAAUGCAAUGACCAUUGUACAUCUUAAAAGUGUAUGUUUAAUUUAUUACAUAAACUGACAAUUGAUCUUGUCA